AUGCUGCUAGAUAGAUUUGUCUCAGUGUGCAUUUCUGCCCUUUUAUUGGCCACCACUGCAUUGGCUGCUACUCGUGAAGAAUUGGCUAUCAAGGCUCAAAAAUCAUCAAAUGGUAUCAUCGAACUGGAUGACUAUAGUUUCAAAGACACGCUGGAAGGUCCUCGUGACUUCUACUUGAUCGCUCUAUUGACUUGUACUGAACCAGGUGUUGGUUGUACCGCUUGUUUUGAAUUUAACCCAGUCUUUGAAACAAUUGCUAGUUCAUGGAUUCAUGAUCACCCAGAAGGUAUUUCUUUGGAAGAUCCUUCAAAGGCUCUAUAUUUCGCUAAGGCUGAUUUGAGUGACGCUUCUGCUGUGCCAGAAAUUUUCAAAUUCUAUAAUAUUGAGCGUGUUCCAAGAUUAAUGUUCUUCACUCCAGGUGGUGAUAUCAAUGAUUAUCAUUUAUUGAAUUUACCACAACAAAAGGCUAAUGCCGGUGCCAGUGAAUUCAUUGCCAAUUUGAAGAUUGCCGUAGGAAUCAACGACUACCAAGUCUAUGAACCUCGUGAUUGGUCUACUGUCAUAAUUACUGCAUUCUCUACUUUCGUUAUCAUUUAUUUAUUAAGAAAACAUAGUAAGAUUGUCACUGCUGUCAUUUCUUCCAAAUACGUUUGGGGUGUUCUAUGUUGUGCUUUCAUCACUUUGAUGUCAGGUGGUUACAUGUACAAUAAGAUGAGAGGUACUCCAUUGGCUGGUACCGAUAACAACGGUGGUGUCGUAUAUUUCUGGCCAAAUGAAUUCCAAAAUCAAUAUGGUAUUGAAUCACAAAUCGUGUCUGUAUUGUAUGGUGCACUAUCUAUAUUGUUUUUGGCAUUGGUCCUGGGAAUUCCAAACUUAUCCUCUUUCUAUAAAGGAUCUGCUAGUGGAACUAUGAUCGUUACUGUCAUUUGUGCUGUAUUGGUCGUCGUCAUCUAUGUUUUGUUCGCUGGAUUGACUAGUCUAUUCGGUAUUAAAUCUGCAAGAUAUCCUUUUGAACUAAUAAAGUUAAGUUCUUUAAUGUCAUAA